AUGACUCUGCUGCGGCCCCUGACUCGGGUGCGCAUCCUUCUGCUGGCAAUUGUCCUUACCUUAUCCUCUGUCUGGUCAUACUCGCGCUAUCCAAGCUCCUCUUCCGGCCUGUCGAGAACCCCUUUUGCCAGCACCAAUGACCUGGCCCAGAAGCAAGCAUUGGCGGGUCAUAUUCAGGUCUGGAGCCAACUCCAACCAGUCUUGCUCACAUCAAUGCCGAAUUGCAAUCCACCCGUGAGGUUGGGAAAUGCACCGUCAAUUAGGGUCGAGGAAUCCGACCCAGACACCCGACCGGAGAUGCUGGACAUGCUGCCGGAGGAAGUGGAAGAAAUGAAGAAUGCUCAUACAAAGUUCCUUGAUGCCGUGAGAAUGAACGCGGUUCGCCUACACUAUGUUCCUGAUACCAGAGGAAUCAUCUCUACAGCUGGUGGUUCCCAUCUUCCUGUACUAGCUAUCUCACUACGGAUGCUCAGACGUACGGGAUCAGAGCUCCCUGUCGAAGUAUUCUUGGCCAACGACGAGGAAUACGAACCAUUAAUCUGCGACGUGGUGUUCCCUUCUCUGAACGCGCAAUGCGUGGUACUAUCCCAUAUAUUCGAUGCCGCCCCCAAGGUCAUGGAGAUUGAAAAGUACCAGUUCAAGCUAUUCGCCAUGCUCUUUUCCUCCUUUGAGGAGAUCCUAUUCCUAGACGCCGACGCGUUCCCGCUCCUCCAGCCAGAGUCUCUAUUCACAAAUGAGCCGUUUAAGUCCAGGGGCAUGGUGACAUGGCCUGAUUUCUGGGCUUCCACCGUUUCCUCAUACUACUACGAAAUCGCAUCUCAGCCGCCACCCGAACCAGGCACCCGCCCUCGCCAAUCCACCGAGUCGGGCGAGAUCCUGAUAUCCAAAAGGACUCACGCCAAAACUCUCCUCCUCAGCACCUACUAUAAUCUCUGGGGCCCCAACUAUUACUAUCCUUUACUCUCCCAAGGCGCAGCUGGGGAAGGCGACAAGGAAACCUUCGUCGCAGCCGCCCUAGCCGUGAACGAACCAUACUAUCAAGUCACCGAGGACAUCGUAGCAAUGGGCCACAGUACCGCAGGCGGACUCGCUGGCUCCGCAAUGGUCCAAUUCGACCCUGCUGAAGACUACGCGCUCCACAAGGACAAGGAGCAAAACCUGCCACCAAACCUUGCAGGCCCAAAGAGCUCGGGGAGCGAAACACCGCGUCCAUUCUUCAUCCACGCCAACUUCCCCAAAUUCGACCCGGCGACCGUCUUCGAACCGCACGAGGUCAAUCCGGCCUUCGCAGACGACGGGACUUACACGCGUGCCUGGACGAUUCCACAAAACGUCAUUGAGAACUUUGGCGCGGAUGUCGAGAAGCGCUAUUGGAGCGAAAUACUGUGGACCGCUUGUGAGCUGGAGGGUAAAUUCCGCUCUUGGAGUGAAAAGAAGGGAAUUUGUAGCGGAGUCAGGACUUACUGGAAUACGGUCUUUGCGGAUAAUCAAGGCGUGAUUUGA